AUGAACACGGAUCACAUCUUGCCAAAGAAACUGUCUAGCAUUGCCGGCGUCGCAAGUCUUUUUGCUGAUUCAAAUAUUCUCGCUCGAUACGAGACGGUUAUGGUUGAUCCGAAUGAACAUGUGCCUUUUUCCCAAUGUCGCUUCUUUCUCGGAUUGCGGAGGGUUACGUCUGAUCAUGGGGAUCCUUGGCAGAUAUCAGAAGAUCAGGGUUGCCAGAAGUAUUGUAUAUACCUUUCAGAGCGGGAUGGUGAAACUAUAUCGGGUAAUGCGUCGAUGUGGGUGUGGAAGGAAUUCCGGGCAAAGGAAGCUACGGUUGAAGAGCGGAUGGUAUGA